AUGGCUGCAAGCAGAACUAGGAUAUUAAUAUAUUUAAUUUUAAUUAUACUCAUAAUCAGUUCUUUAUUAAGUAAAUUUUCAGAUAGAACCACAAAAAAUUAUUAUUAUUCUGAUUCAGGAAAAAAAACAUCAACAUCACUGAAAACUAAGAUAAAUUAUCGGGGUGUUAAAGCAUUAAAAGAAAGAGAAUAUACCAUAAAUCCUGAUGAAAAAUUCUUAGCAUAUUACACUCACAGUGGAUAUCAUAAUCAACGCGUGGGCCUUGAGAAUGCAUUGUUGCUUGCAAAAAUAUUAAACCGUACACUACUAAUGCCACCUGCAUUGCUUGGAACACCGUUACCAUGGAUAAGAUUUGAUAAAAUGUAUGAAAGAUUGUUUCUAGCCACAAAAAAAGGGUUACAACAUUGUCCCAAAGUGCCAAGAGAUUUUCCACUUCCCGCUGAAUGCUUAAAUUAUUAUUCAUACACAAGAGUUUCAUGGGAUUUCCUGUUGGAGAUGGAGCCUAUUAGAGAGUCGCAGAAAAUAAUUGAUCGAUUUGACCAUUCAUAUGAAUGGAUUGAGGAGAAUCUUAAUUUGGAUAUUUCCAAAGAUGUACGUUUUAUUAGAGAUAACAAACUAUGGGAUUAUAGGAUAUUUGAUACAACAGGUAGUAGGAUAGAUGAUAGUAAUAAAUUUACAAGAUUCUUGUAUACUGACAAAUUGAAAGAAGACCCAAAGAAAUUGAUACAUUUUGGAUCGUUAUUUGGAUCAUUGAGGGUUGUACCAGAGAAACCUUCCAAUAUGCAAUAUCUUAAAUUCAUUAGAAAACAUUUAGUACCGAAUAAUGAAUUAGUAUUGAAAGCAACAGAAAGUAUAGUAAACAAAUUGGGAGGUGUGGGUAAUUUUAUAGGACUGCAUAUACGAGCAACAGAUGGGUUUUUCAUGAAAUAUGCAAGAUUAAAUAUUGAUCACAUUUACCAUAAUUUAACAAACACGUUUACUAAACUUACACCAGAAGAAAUAGAUGUGUUGGAAGGUGGUACACACGAAAAAGAUAUUUUAAUAGAUGAGAGUGUAGACCUUGGUGAAUAUAAUCCUCAUGGUAAUAAAAACAAAGUUGCACAGGUUAAUAAUAAAUUGAAAAAACGAGAUAUAAAUGAUAAUGAUAAAUUGAAAAUAAGAGAUAUACAAAAUAUGAAUGAUAAUAAUAAAUUGAAAAUAAGAGGCUCACAAAAUAUAAAAUGCAAGAAAUCACUUCAUCCAAGUGAUUCUGGUGUAAAUACAGUGAUAUUUUUAGCAACGGAUAUCAAAUCACCAAGAUCCAAUCAUUUAUUAUUUAAAUUCUUUAAUACAUUUCCAUGUGUAUUUGUACUUGGAGAUUUUGAAGAAGAUUUAACAGAGAUCUUGAGAAUUAUGAAUUCAGAUGACUUGACACCAUUGGCAGACUAUCUUAUACCAAUGUUAGAUGCUUUAAUAUCAUCUGAAGGCCAUUCAUUUUAUGGAACAGGGAAAUCAACAUUUAGUAAAUAUAUAAAGGACACAUUAUACCCAAUUAGUAAAGGUCAAGAAUUAGAAAUCCCUUUAAAUUUUUAUUAA